GAGUGUUUUCAAUAUCUUGAUAAAGAAUUUAUGUUUUUAUAUGAUGAGAAAUUAGUGUUAAAAAUAUAUUGGCUACUAAAUACAACGCAGGUUAGAAGCCCCAGUAUUCAGGAUACAUGUAUUCAUUUUACCAUAUAGUGGCAACAAAGAAAUAUUUAAUGGACAAAAAAGCACAACUUUAUUCAAUAAUCUUGCGAAUUCUUAUAUCUUAAACCCGCAUUACCAUCUGACAUGGCAUCAAAACAAAUUCAAUGUGAAAUAUGCUUCAAAGAAUAUGCAGUCGGAUAUUGCAAAACCUGCGGACACAUUGGAGACGCUUGCGUUGACAUUCACAACACAGGAAAGGUGUUUCAAACACAUUCUGUCAUUAUGCAUGAGGCUGUCAACGUGCAUGAGGAUGAUAGAGAAAAUCCAAAGGUCAUCAUUCGGGACGCCUCAGAAGAAAGAUGUAAGCAGCAUGCGACUGAGAGAGCUAUAUUUCUUUGCACAAGACAUGAUACCAUGAUUUGUGGCAGAUGUCUUCAUUCGGAACAUCUUUCUUGUGGGAAAGAAGUUGUUGACUUGCUGCGUGAAGUAGGCAGCAUCGACUGCGAGAAGGUUAACACAAUGAAGUCACUGUUGAUGGAGGUUAAAAACGAAAUUUUGCUUUUGAAAGAUGACGCAGAGAAUAGCAAGGAGAACUUCAAAACUAAUGCUGAUAACUGUGCACAGGAAUGUAUUGAAUUAGGUAUUAAAAUUAAACAACGUGUAGAUGAAUUGACAAAUGUCCUAAUAGAUGAGAUAACAAAGAAGCACAAUGAAAACGAGAGCACCUAUUCCCGUAUUACUAGGACGUAUAAUGAGAAAAUCACAUGGUGUGAAAAUGAAGAAAGAAAGAUUGAUCAAUUUGUUCACAAUAAUAUGGCUGGGUACCUGUACCUACUUAGUAGAAAAUUUGAUAAAGGGGUUUCGGACGUUAGAUCCAACUUGAGAGAAAUCAAACACAAACACACUUUUAAAAGAUUUGAAUUUAAAGAAAACAGAGUUAUUCUGAAAUGUGUGUUUGAGGACUUGGAGGAUGUUUGUGAACAUCAAGACGAAGUUACUGGGAGUGAUGAUGGAAGUGUUAACGAUGUUUUCGAGCCCACUACAGAAAUACAAAAGACAAGGAGGGAGCUCACUGCACUGUCACAUAAGGCCAAAGAAUAUUUGGAUAAAUCAAUAAAGGAACGACUGACUGUCGAGGCUGAGUUAAAAAGAACGAAAGCAGACUUGAAUCGAGUUGAAAAGGAAAUCAUAGAUAAUUAAAUGACAUUGCAUAGGCAAAAAUGAAUAACGUUAACUUUUGUUAACGACUGAUUAACAAAUUUUAUACGAAAUAGCCGUGGCUGUAUUUAUACAGUGUAUAUUCAUAUUCAUAGCUGUGUGUCUAUUGUUCCAAUUCGUUUCAAAUAUCAAUCAUGAAUAGUUUAAGUCAUCGAUAUAUUAUCUGUG